GACCCUCCUUUCGGUGUCGCCGUAUUCUCUGAAGUGGGUGGUCUGGUGUUUAACCUCGCGACGUGCCCAAACUCACGAGGAAAAAUAUUGAGUAUUUGUCACCAUGAGUCGUUUCUUCGCAACUGGCUCGGAUUCUGAAUCCGAUAGUGCAUCUGAGGAAGAGCAGGUGCAAAGGGCACCAGCGACAGCUUUCACUUUUAGCGAUGAUGAAGAAGAAACGAAGCGUGUUGUACGCUCCACAAAGGAAAAGAGAUAUGAGGAGAUUGCAAAUCUUAUAAAACUCAUCAGGAAUUAUAAGAAGAUUAAGGAUAUGAGCAGCAUGUUGACUAGUUUCGAAGAUUUGAUGCGAGCUUAUCAGAAAGCUUUACCUGUAAUUACAAAAGAGGAACUUGGACAAACGCCACGAUUUUAUGUUAGAUGUCUGGUAGAAAUGGAAGACUUUAUUAACGAAGUAUGGGAAGAUCGUGAUGGACGCAAAAAUAUGUCUAAGAAUAAUUCCAAAUCGCUUUCGACAUUGCGGCAAAAACUACGGAAAUAUAACAAGGACUUUGAAGAGGACAUUGGCAAAUUCAGGGAGAAUCCCGAUCAAGAUGAUGAUGAAGAGGAAGAGAAAGCUGAAGAAGUUUUAGAAUCCGAAGAGGAAGAAGAUAGUGCUGUAGCUUUCAAGAAGGCUGGAUCUGAAGCAAGUGAACCCGAUGUGUCCAAGUUCCAGAAAGCCACAACUGAUGGUGAAGAGGGUAGUGAGAGCGAAUCUGACUGGGGUAGUGAUUCAGACAGUGAGAGCACAAGUAGUGAUGAUGAAGGCCAAUAUCAAAACAUUCGUGAACGUUUUAUUAAAAAAGCUACAGCUCAAGAAGAAGAUGAGGAUAAAGCAAAGAGGAAAGAACAACGCAAAGAACGCAAAGAAAAGGAGCGAAAGAAGAAACGUGACGAAGACGAUGGCGAAGGAGAAUGGGAAACCGUCAAAGGCGGCGUGGCUAUUCCCUCCGAGAAGCCGAAGAUGUUCGCCAAAGACGCAGAAAUCAAUAUCAGUGCUGUGCUAAAGAAGCUCUCUGAGAUAAUUGCAGCUCGUGGUAAAAAGCGCACGGACAGACGCGAGCAAAUAGAACUUUUACACGAGUUGCAACUAAUAGCCGACGCGCAUAAUUUAGGCCCAGCUGUGGCCGUUAAGAUUAAAUUUUCCAUUGUAUCUUCCAUAUUUGAUUACAAUCCGAAGGUUUCUGAUGCUAUGAAACCGGAGUAUUGGUCUAAAAUACUGGAGCGUAUUACUGAAAUGCUGGACAUGCUGUUAAGCAACUUAGAUAUGGUAAUAGCGGAAACAAUAGCAGAAGAAAUGGAGGAGUUCGAAACAACACCAUACAAAAUACACGGUUGUGUAUUGACAUUGGUAGAACGUCUCGAUGAGGAAUUCACAAAGUUGCUGAAGGAAUGCGAUCCACACAGUAACGAAUACGUGGAAAGAUUGAAAGAUGAGAAGCAAGUUGCUGCCAUAAUUGAUAAAGUGCAAGAAUACUUGGAGAGACAAGGAACCGUAUCUGAACUUUGUCGCGUGUAUUUGCGUAAAAUUGAGCACUUGUAUUAUAAAUUCGACUCAAAUGUUCUCAAGCAAAAGGAGGGUGAAUUGGGAUCAGAUGCAAUCACAUCCGUGCAAGUUAUGGAGAAAUUAUGCAAAUACGUGUAUGCCCACGAUAACACCGAUCGAUUAAGAACUCGCGCGAUUCUUUCGCACAUUUAUCACCAUGCUCUUCACGAUAACUGGUUCCAAGCUCGCGAUUUAAUCUUGAUGUCGCAUCUCCAGGAAACUAUUCAACAUUCUGAUCCAGCAACACAGAUUUUAUAUAAUCGUACGAUAGCCCAUUUAGGAUUAUGUGCAUUCCGUCAUGCAAAUAUUAAAGAUGCGCACAACUGCUUGGUAGAUUUAAUGGUAACAGGCAAAGUGAAGGAACUUUUGGCACAAGGUUUGCUUCCGCAACGGCAACAUGAGCGUAGCAAGGAGCAAGAAAAGAUUGAAAAACAAAGACAAAUGCCUUUCCACAUGCAUAUUAAUUUGGAACUUUUGGAAUGUGUGUAUCUUGUUUCAGCAAUGCUUAUCGAAAUUCCGUAUAUGGCUGCGCACGAAUUUGACGCGAGACGAAGAAUGAUCUCAAAGACAUUCUAUCAACAAUUGAGAUCUAGCGAACGUCAAUCAUUAGUUGGACCUCCAGAAUCUAUGAGAGAACAUGUUGUUGCUGCCGCGAAAGCAAUGCGUAAUGGGAAUUGGUCCGCUUGUAACAAUUAUAUUAUAAACGAAAAGAUGAAUGCAAAGGUUUGGGAUCUUUUCCAUCAAGCGGAUAAAGUACGAGCUAUGUUAACGCGAUUAAUCAAGGAAGAGGCAUUAAGGACUUAUCUAUUUACAUACUCGCAUGUAUAUGAUUCGAUCUCAAUGCCUAAACUUGCUGACAUGUUCCAACUAAAGCGACCAAUAGUUCAUUCGAUUAUUAGUAAAAUGAUCAUUAACGAAGAACUUAUGGCAUCUUUGGACGAUCCAACUGGAACUGUAGUUAUGCAUCGCAGCGAACCGAGCCGUCUUCAAUCGCUGGCUCUGCAAUUGACGGAUAAAGUAAACAAUUUUGUAGAUUCGAACGAGCGCAUCUUCGAAAUGAAGCAAGGUAACUUCUUUUCAAGAGGAAAUCAAGGCAAUUUCCGUGAUCGUCAGAAUUAUAAUCGACAAGGACAAGAUUGGGGCCGGCAGAGGCGCGAUCGCGAUCGCGAUCGUGAUCGUAAUCGAGAGGAGAAUCGCAAUUAUUAAUCGCAUAAUAAUACAAAGCAAAAUAAGAUUUGGAUGUCAAAUCAUUGUAACAUUUAAAUCUCCAUGCAUAAAUAAUACUGAUGACAUAAAGACAGCAA